CGUAUCUUGACAAUGGAUGGAGCUCACAUGACAUCAGUGUAAGUAGGCCUAAUGGACGAACAACACAAAAACAACAAACAGGAAGAACCUCCACAGUUCAGCUCCAAGUUAGGCCUGGUCUGCUCCUGUUUAGGAUGUGUCGUGGGUACCGGAAACAUCUGGAGAUUCCCUAGGAUUGUAGCCAACAAUAGUGGCGUGGCUGGUGGGCUUGCAUUCUUGUUGGUAUGGUUCCUCUUCUUGUUGAUUUGGUCCAUACCGAUGUUGCUGAUCGAGUACGGAAGCGGUCGGUAUACAGGAGUAGCCGUAGUCGGAUCAUUUAAGCAUUUCAUUGGUCGCAAGGCAGCUUGGUGUGGUGCCUGGAUUUCUAUGGUCACGUUCUUCAUAGCAUCCUACUAUGCCGUGGUUCUUGGUUGGUGUUUUUACUAUGCUGUGUAUUGUAUGGCCAAUGAACUUCCAGAGAACGCUGUGGACAGUCGAAAGAUCUUUAAGGAUUAUGCGGAGGAUAGCGCCUGGCCAGUGCUCACUCAUGGUAUAGCAGUCUUGAUAGCUGGGGCUUCUAUUUUGGGCGGAGUGAAGACCAUCGAGAAGGUCAACUUGAUGCUGGUGCCGAUACUGUUGCUGAUUGUGGUGUUCACGUUCGUGUGGUCACUGACCAGAGAAUACGCUUCUGAAGGAUUGACAUACUUAUUUUCACCGGAUUGGGAGUCUUUAGGCAAACCUCGACUAUGGGUGGAUGCUUUAAGUCAGAAUGCCUUUGAUACGGGAGCUGGAGCCGGGCUGAUGGUCCCCUAUGCCUCUUACAUGACCUGGAGAAAUGGCAUAGUGAAAUAUGGGACUCUCAUUCCCUCCACGAAUAAUCUCAUCAGUUUGAUUUCGGGUAUGAUGAUCUUCUCAACAGUUUUCUCCAGUCUUAUCCUAACUCGUCCUGAACUUAGCAAAUCAGAGAUCAUUGAUAUCGUCAAAGACAGUGGCCCAGGCAGCACUGGACUGACAUUUAUAUGGAUACCAGUUUUAUUCUCUUCUAUUGGUGUAUUUGGAAGAGUCAUCUGCGUUCUGUUCUUCACGUGUUUGUCAUUUGCUGGUGUCACAUCCUUAAUCGCCAACAUCGAACUGGUGGCUCAUACACUGUGUGACUUUGGUGUUCCUAGAAAAGUUGCUGCAUCAUUGACCACGUUGGUGAUCUUUCUGGUUGGUCUUCUUUCCUCAUUGAAUAUAGACAUUCUUACCAAUCAGGAUUUUGUAUGGGGGUUCGCCCUGGUAGUGAACGGGCUGAUGCUACAGGCUAUGGUGAUCUUUUAUGGAGUAAACAGAUUUAGAGAGGAGGUCUUUAAUGAUUUUAGCUUGGACGACUGGCACCUACCACGAUUAUGGGGUUACAUAGUGAAAUUCCUGGCACCGCUUGAGGGUGUGGCCUUGAUUAUUUGGUGGGCUGUAGAUUUAAUAUCCACAGAAACACAGCCAGGGGAAUCAUGGUAUGAGUACGGUAGAGAAACUUUCAUGACCACAAUUACUCAGUGGCUUGUUCUAAUGUUGAUUUUGAUUCUAAUUAAUGUGGCUGUGGAACGAUUUUGGUACCCACGGGAUCGACCAUCUUCGGAUGAGUUCGAGCGUGUUUAUGAUCACAGCACCAUGGACAAUCUGUCCGAUACGAAAUCGGAAUAUGGCUCCGUGAACGAGAAACCGACAAAGCCGGUGAUGGAUCUGUAUUUAUGACGAACGUACAUUAUUAGUCGCAAGCGUCUGCAGUAUGUCGGAUGGUAAUAAAAGCCAAAUGACCGCGCAAACGCCCCAACCGGAAGUUGAAGUGUGGUAAACCGGAAAUUGGUAUUUUUACUUUACAUUGAUCAUAUUUUUUUUUUCCAAUUCAAUUAUUUCAGUCUUUAAUAUGGAAAUUUAGGUAAGAUUCGUAAAAGACUUUCGCCCAUGAAUGAGUUCAAUCCAUACUUUUGGAUCGACCAUUUCCAACGCAAGCCAAAAAAACAAAUAGCCCACUGUCGCCGACUUGAUUGUUCGGAGGGACAAGUAAUAUAUCCAGAGGGGUAAUGGUGUUUGUUGUUUAAUUGCAGUAAAAAAAAUUGUUGUUGUCACAAUUCUGUUAGGGGAGACAAUCCAUUUUUCGGGACUUCCCCGCGUCAGUCAUUGACUCAGCUUCUCUACGUCAUUCUGUACAGCGAACCCAUUCCUAUUGGCUGGUCGUUCGAUCAUAUUAUUUCGCAUUGACAAACCAUAAGAAAUUGUUGUGGAAUCUUUCGGAUUACCAAUUUCUCUGACGUCAUUUGUCAAUCAUGUCCUAAAUGCACGUGUUGACCUAGUUUCACUUUCCAGUACUGUGUGUAUUCAGAGAUCAUGUUAAUAACGCUAUAUUUUGUGUAAAAAUGUGUCAUUUGACUUUCAAAUAAGUGAAAUGUGUCAUUU